ACAAUUCUCCUAAUUUCCAAUCUUACAAACGUCCACAUGUCUAUCAGCCUUGCCUCCAAUUUCUUUACGUUAUCUUCGCACAUUCGGACAAGGUCCAAGAAGGAGAAGGCUCAACCUACAACUGCAGUUACGCUAAUGAUGGCCGCCAACGGCGAUAUUCAUUACGAUCGAGCCAAAGAAGUCAAGCAGUUCGACGAAUCCAAAAUCGGCGUCAAAGGUCUCGUCGACUCCGGCAUCACCACUAUCCCCCGAAUCUUCAUCCACCCAACCGAAACUAUUUCCGACCUCAAAUCCUCUAACCCAUCCGGUUCCCAUUCAAUCCCCGUCAUUUCCCUCUCCGGCGACCGCUCCUCCGUCGUCGACCAAAUCAGGCGCGCCUCCGCCGAAUUCGGCUUCUUCCAGAUCAUCAACCACGGCAUCUCCACCGACGUCCUCGACCGCGCGGUCGCCGCCAUCAGGGCCUUCAACGAGCAGCCAACGGAGGUUAAGGCGCAGUACUACCGGCGGGAUAUUGGAACGGGAGUGGCGUUCUCGACUAACUUUGACUUGUAUCACUCCAAGGCGGCGAGCUGGAGAGAUACGCUUCAGGUGAGGCUGGGGCCGACACCUGCGGAGUUCGAUAAGAUGCCUGAGGUGUGCCGCAGGGAAGUGAUGGAGUGGGACCGUGAGGUGGUGAGGCUGGGAGAGGCGUUGAUGGGAAUGAUGUGCGAAGGGCUGGGGUUGGAUGCGGGAAGAUUGAAGGAGCUGACGUGUUUGGAAGGGAGAAUUAUGGCGAGUCACUACUAUCCGUACUGUCCUGAGCCUGAAUUGACGAUGGGGCUCACCUCCCACACAGAUCCGGGAGUGUUAACGGUGGUACUGCAGAAUCAGGUUGGUGGGUUGCAGGUUAAGCACGAUGGAGCAUGGCUGGAUUUGAACCCUGUGCCCGGUGCUCUCGUCAUCAACGUGGGCGAUAUGCUUCAGGUAAUGAGCAAUGAUGAAUACAAAAGCGUGGAGCAUAGAGUGGCGGGGAACCCAUGUCGGGAAGCAAGAGUUUCAAUUGCAGUUUUCUUCAAUCCGGGCGAUAGGGAUUCCUUAUUUGGGCCAUUGCCGGAGCUCAUAUCAGCAGAGAAACCAGCUGUGUACAAGAGCUUCACAUUCAAUGAGUUUAUGACAAGGUUCUUUACUAAGGAGUUGGAUGGUAAGUCUUUGAUAAAUUUCUUUAAACUCCCACACUGAGGACUGAGCAUUCCAUACAAGCGCAUACUCGUUUCAGAAUGUUAGAGCCGUGCCUCUCUUCUAACAGGUCGACUUGUAUGUACUUUGAACCUUUACAACUUCCCUUUUAGGGAAAGUAUCAUGUAAAAACAUUUUUCAUAAUAGUGUUGGUGAUGAAAGUGCUAUAGAUUAUAUCAUAAUUGGAUAAGGAGAAUAUUCUUAACCAUUUGAA